AUGGCAUCAGAACUGGCAAUGAGCAGCUCCGACCUGCCCACUAGUCCCCUGGCCAUGGAAUAUGUUAAUGACUUCGAUCUGAUGAAGUUUGAAGUGAAAAAGGAGCCGGUGGAGACCGAUCGCAUCAUCAGCCAGUGCGGCCGCCUGAUCGCCGGGGGAUCGCUGUCUUCCACCCCGAUGAGCACGCCCUGCAGCUCGGUGCCCCCUUCCCCGAGCUUCUCGGCCCCCAGCCCGGGCUCCGGGAGCGAGCAGAAGAGCCACCUGGAAGACUACUACUGGAUGAGCGCCUACCCCCAGCAGAUCAACCCGGAGGCGCUGGGCUUCAGCCCGGAGGACGCAGUGGAAGCGCUGAUCAGUAACAGCAACCAACAACAGCAGCAGCAACAGCAGCAGCAGCUCCAGGCGGGCUACGAUGGCUUUGCCAGGGGGCAGCAGUACGCUUCCUCGGGGGGCAUGCCCGGAGAGGACAUGGGCUCUGCAGCAGCGGUGGUCUCGGCUGUGAUUGCAGCUGCGGCAGCGCAGAACCCCCACCACCAUCACCAUCACCACCACCAUUCCGUGGGACACCAAGCCGGGGUGCAGCCUCCAGGCGGGGGGACGGGAGGAGGCGGCAGCAGUGGCAGCUCCACUUCGUCCUCGGUGGUCGGGGCACUGCACCCACCUGCUGCCCACCAUCAUCACCACCACCAUCACCUGCACUUUGACGAUCGCUUCUCGGACGAGCAGCUGGUCACCAUGUCCGUCAGGGAGCUGAACCGGCAGCUGAGGGGGGUGAGCAAGGAGGAGGUGAUCCGGCUGAAGCAGAAGAGGAGGACCCUGAAGAACCGGGGCUACGCGCAGUCCUGCCGAUUCAAGAGGGUUCAGCAGCGGCACGUCCUGGAGAGCGAGAAGAACCAACUGCUGCAGCAGGUCGAGCACCUCAAGCAGGAGAUCUCCAGGCUGCUCCGGGAGAGGGACGCCUACAAGGAGAAGUACGAGAAGCUGUUGGGCAGCGGCUUCAGAGAAAACGGCUCCAGCAACAGCGACAA